AUGGUGACGGCAGUUGUCCUCCGGAGUUUCUUAGACUCCGUGCAGCGCGACAAGCAAACGCGUCAAUUGUGGAACGGGCAGCGCACGCGGCAGUUGAUGCCGGCGUUGGUGAGCACUUUCGAACAGAUGGGUGAAGAUAUGGGCGGGAAGAUUACGUUUGCCGAGCUGGCUGUUGCCCCCGCGAAGGUGAAGGAGGAGCUGGAGAAUCUGCGAUCCGCGGACUCGCUCGCAGACGUUUUUGAAGCUCUGGACGCGGACAGUUCCAUUGAGAAAGAGAGAGAAGAGUCCUUCGAGGGCGCGCGGCGGCUGAUCUACGGCAACGAGAAACUCGACUUGGUACUCUUGUUAUCGAUGAUGAGAUCCGUGCGGGAUGACAUCAAGCGUACGAUUGGCCACCUCGAGGAGACUGCCACCUUGCAGGCGGACGGGAAGGGGUACGCCUCGGGCCGAAGUAGUCGGCGACGAAUUUCGGACUGCAUCGCAGAUCUAUUCGACGGUGUCAGCGCGUGCGAGGGUGUCCCCACUCAUCGCCAAGUUUCAGACGUGGAUCCGGAUACCUGGGACAAGUAUGGUUCACGAUGCCGAUUUUGA